UACAAAUUGAAAAUGGCGACAGCAACUCCAGUUUGUCGGUGCGCUGUACCGGCGAUUCUCCGGACCUCUUAGACUGAUGCGAAUAUGGGAAGACGCUUCUUCGGUUGCGGCAAUUAUGGGGGUGCAACUGCCUACAAUAUUUUCGUUGGAUUGAUCCACCACUUGAAGCUAAUAUUAAGUGCCUUGUGCUUGUCUUACAUAAGAGGAUCC